GUGAAGAAUAAGAGCCCGUCGUACCUAGUAGUAGUUGCAUUACCAUAAUUGACGUUUGAUUGACAUGCGCAAAUCGCGUUGUUCGAGUCAAACGUCAAUUUGUCAAGGAAUUUGUCUAUUUGAUUUGUCAUUUUUUAACUUUACGUGUGGUCGCCAGAUUGUUCGGUGUGUAAUUACAUAUUAAAAAUCAUCAUUAAAAAAACCAUAUCCGUCAGAUAUGAGGUCGUGAUCUUUACUCGGAAGCUGCACAUUAGCACAGUGAAUGAUUUUGUGUUGUAUUCCAUACAUUGGCCUUGCUUUGACAUACACACCCAAAACCAAAGAGUUUAAUUAAUAUAUUCCGGCUUUGAUACACGAUCGUUAUCAAUUAGAUAACGAGAUGCAGGCCAUAAAGUGUGUUGUAGUUGGUGAUGGUGCUGUUGGUAAAACAUGUCUACUAAUAAGCUAUACUACAAAUGCCUUUCCUGGCGAAUAUAUACCAACAGUUUUUGAUAACUAUUCAGCAAAUGUAAUGGUAGAUGGUAAACCUAUCAAUCUGGGAUUGUGGGAUACAGCUGGUCAAGAAGAUUAUGAUAGAUUAAGACCUCUGUCCUAUCCACAGACUGAUGUCUUUCUUAUUUGCUUCUCUUUGGUGAAUCCAGCUUCAUUUGAGAAUGUUAGAGCUAAGUGGUAUCCAGAGGUAAGACAUCAUUGCCCAAAUACACCCAUUAUACUAGUUGGCACAAAAUUAGAUCUAAGGGAUGAUCGCUCAACAAUUGAAAAACUUAAGGAUAAAAAGCUGUCUCCAAUAACUUACCCACAGGGUCUGGCAAUGGCAAAAGAAAUAAGCGCUGUAAAAUAUCUGGAAUGUUCUGCGUUGACGCAGAAAGGACUGAAAACUGUAUUCGACGAGGCCAUACGAGCUGUGUUGUGUCCAGUGAUGCAAGUAAAGCCGAAACGUAAAUGUGUCAUUCUCUAAUUCCUAACAUUUCUAAUUGUUAUGUAGUUCAUCUCCAUUUUAAAUCAUUCGUCUUCAACUCGAAUAACAAGAUCGUUUUUUUGUUAUUUUUGUACUUACAGCUUUAACAACACGAGACGUUUGAUUUAAAAUCAUACGAUUGGUGGUAAAUCAGCGCUCUUAGGUUUUGAAACUUUGAAAGAUAUAAGUAUCAGUAGAUAGUGCAUUCUUUGACGCACUAAGGUAGCAGCAACAAUAUCGAUAGUCGGGGUUAUAAUGCUGUUUUCUGUGAAACCACUUCUAUAAACUUUUUACAAGAGAGUUAUUAUGAAGGUAAAAAAAGAAAAAUCGUUUGAAGUAUGUGAGUUUCAAAUGUAUGUCUGAGGUAUUAAACAAAUGAAUCAUUUUUUGUUUCAAAAGGGGGUUUGAUAUAAGAUUUUGUUCUGUUUGGAAAACUAUAGUUUUAAACUGGUUCAUAGAAAUACAUCAUUAAAGUUAUUUGUUUUAAAACAAUAACACUUUUGCAAGUCUAAAAUCAAGGUGUAACGUCUAGAAAUGUGUAGAAAAUAUUGUGAUGGAUUUGGUACGAACAUUUUCUUGAUUUUUCAGAUGUAGGCAUUGAUUCUAGAGUAUUUGAAACCUUCAGAAAGCUUUUUGAGCCACCACCUUUGAAAGCACAAACAAAAAUUAUUAGAGAACAAUAUGCAUUUGUGUGAUUCUAACAGCAUAAACAAAUUAUACUGUAGGUGAGAACAUGUUUACACCGUUUCUGCAUUUUCAAUGUAUAAUCUAAUAAUGUUAAGUGGUAAUUUUAACGGCAAUAUGGAAAACGAUGUUACUUGCCAGGCCAAUUUAUUGCAUGAUGAAAAGAUGUGUUCAAAAAAAAAACGAAAGGUCAUCAAAGGCGGUCUUUUGGUUAUUUUGUUCCUGGCCAGCGAGACCUAUUUCUGACAUGCUCCGAUAUUGUACACAUUCGCAUACGUACGAUUCGUCAAAGAGGCAAUGUGCGAGCUGAAAAUAUUCUUGGGAUCGCACUUACAGGUGAUUAUUACACGCUGUAUUUUGCAACAAUUCCUGGGAAAACGGCAUUAGAUAGUCUUAUCUAUCUUUUCACGGCUCUUGGCAGUUACUUCAGAAUGUCAUAUGAAAUAACAGAUUGAUUAAUAAUACCAUGUGCACAGCUUACUUCCCUAUCCGUAAUAAUUUGCUACUCCCUGUGCAUGUGAUAGAGGACCAUUGUGUUUACUCACUUUGUGAAAAUACUUCUACAAAUUUAAUAUAGACUGUCAGCAUUGUAGAUGUACCUUCGGGCUUUACAAUAUUUUAUAUCGAAGAUCAACUAAGGUAUACCCAAAUCGCGCGUUCAUGAUAAGCAAGUUGUCAUACUGCUUAGAUGUGAAAGACUCGCAUGUUGACGAUAAAAUUUCCAAAGCGGUGAGUCAAAAUUAAAAACCGUAUGUCUUUGAGUUUACACAAUCAAACGUUCGUGUAUAAAGGCGAUUGCAAAUGGGUGAGGGAGAAUGAUGUAUGAAUGAAAUUCCUGUAGCUUUAUUGUGACCUGCCAAAAACCCUGAAAUUACCUUUAAUAGCGAAGUACAUUUCAGCAAAGAUCUUGUGUGGCCACUUUUACCCCAUUUGGAGUUUUGCCGACAUCUGUCACAACUGACUCAUAUCACCGCUCAGAAAAAUGUAAAUUUUAUAAACAUCAUUCAGGCUCAGAAAUAACGGUUUUCCUUCAUACUCUUAGAAUCCGUACGAAUGUAGCAUUGUGCACAAACGCGAAUGGCCAAGAACACGAAUCUUGGCCUGAGUACUCAUCCAAUGUCACUUUUUUGUUGUUUAUAUUUUUUGUCGUCGUCAAUAGUAAGAUAUAGGAAAGCUAGGUGGAUACAUAAUGAUUCCAAAAAAUUAAUGGUAUUUUAAUCCCUUAGUACUAUUACAGACAGCCUAACAAAAUUGUAAAAGGAAAUAAUUAACUAAGUAUCAUGAUCGUUCAAAGAUGACUCAUUGAUUUUCGUAUUUUCCCACAUAAUUUCAUAAUUUCAAUAACCUCCCUUUUCACCACUGAAAUAAUAUCAUUAGUAUAAAAUAACUUCUCUCAAAAACCAAGGAAAUAAUGUUUUAAUGCCAUUCAAGAUUUGUUUCUGAUGAUUAUCUCCAGAACAAAACGGUGGAUUUCAAAAGAAAAUCGUCAAAAAGUGAUGGCAAUGCCUUCAACAUAUGAAAACCUCAGGUAUUUCUUUAAAUUGUGACCAAACUCAAUCCCUAUAGUAAACCUUACUUAGCAGCCAGCCAACCAUGGAGUCUCGUAGUAAUUCUGAUUAAACUUAGAGUACAACAUUGUAUCCAUCUAAUUUUCUUAAAUGGAUGUUAACUAACAGAUAUAAAUAUUCAUGAUGUGCUUUUUGCUAAUUCUGAGUUUUAAGAGAUCCUGUAGUAAGUACUUACUGCAUCUUUUUCAAGAGUACUCUUGAAUUUCAUGAUUGGUUUUUGUUUUCCAGAUGAACUUUUUCAGGUUCUAUUUCGAGUUAAAAUUUGACUUAGCAUAUCAGUUCCUGUAAUUUGUGCCUAGGAAUUUUUGUCACCAUUUAUGGGAUCACAGUGUAUAAUUGAGCAUUCACCUGAUUGCUAGAGGAUCUCUUUUAUAUUAAAAAGCUGCAAUUUGUGUUACCAGGCUGUAUAAACACACAAGCUUUCCAUAUCAGCACUUCAUUAUAUUUAUAUCAAAUAUAAAUGUAUAAUAAUGUGGAAGUUUAUCAAUUUUGAUAAAGAAUAUUGUUGAAAUGUUAAUUAUAGAAUGAACAUUAGCAAAGACUACAGAAGGGCCAAACAAUUCAAAAUUUUUCUGUAAUAUUAUAAUAUUGAAAGCAAUGGCGCCUUGUUGAAGAUCCCUUUUAGGUUACCAAAUCAAAUUUUACAUUAUAAUGAGAUAAAAAAAUGUAUAAAUAGUUUUUGCGUUUUCUCGACUCACGAUGAGAUAUGUUACGUUUCUAUAGAUUGAUUUCUAGAUACUUAAUACUGGCAUUGAUACACCGUCAAAGUGCGUUUCAAAAUGCUCUUCCAUGAACCGUCUUAGACGAAUGGCUGCAGACGCUUUAGAGCACCUGAAACACUUGAUUUGUAUUUGAAGCAAACAGCCCUUGACGUAAAAUGCUAAAAUUCUGUCAUUUUAUGAAUUGUCCGAAUCAUACAAAUAAAUCGUUUUUUCAAUAUUCGUGAAGUUGUUACAAUGUCAAUGUUAGCGAUCUCUCGAGAAGUGCAAUUUCAAGUCCAUACUUUUUUGCAGAAAGUUUCAGUUUUGUUAUUGGUAAUAUAAAAAGUCCCAGCUUCGCGCCAUUGGUUUAAGUGUAAUUUGGUCAGUGCAUUUUUUGUGCUGUAUUUGUAAAUAAUUAUGAUGCUUUCAAGAUAACUACUCGUUAACUGUUUUUAGGAUUUAAAAAUUUUAUUAAAAGUUCUAGUAUGUAUUAUUACAAUUAAUCUGUGAAAUAUGUUCUAUAUUUUUGUAUUUUCUCCGCUUUUCUUUAGUAUAGGUAUAGACUUAUUAUAAGUUCUAAAAUGGUAUCUCACGGAUUGGACUAACAGAAAUACUUUCGCUCUUGUAGUCUUUUUGUUAAUAGAUAUAUUUCAGAUUGGCUUUUUAGUGUGCAGCAGAAUUUUAUUUGGUGAAGAUGUUAGUUCAAUCCGAAAAGUGGAUAAAAAGAUAAUUGUGACCCACAGUGUGUAUUUUGUAAAUACUAAAUAGCUAAAUUAAGAUUUAUAGAAUAAACAUAAACCGGAU